AUGAGGACCUAUAUCGUUCACGUACAAAAGCCCAAGGGCACCAAGUUCCUCAGGUUCAAGGACCGAGUAGCUUGGUACAAGUCCUUCUUGCCUAACACGACCGUCGACUCAGGGGAGCCACGGUUGAUCUAUGCAUACCGCCAUGUGAUUAGUGGCUUCGCUGCGAUGCUGACUCCCAAGGAAGUGGAGACCAUGGAAACAAUGGAAGGCUUCGUUCUAGCGCACCCUGAGAUUGAGCACGUAGCUCAAACAACCUCAACUCCCGAUUUCCUGGGUCUGAGCCGAUGGGAUGGCCUCUGGGUUGAUGCCUUCUACGGCCAAGGGCAAAUCAUCGGUGUAAUCGACAGCGGUGUCAAGCCCACUCAUCCUUCCUUCAGGGAGCACGGGAAUAUGCCACCACCACCAUCAAAGUGGAACGGCAGCUGUUACUGGGGCCCCCCCAUUUGUAACAAGAAGCUCAUCGGCGCCAUGGCUUUCAGGCAUGGUUUGUACCCCAACCCAAGUGACAGCGAUGGCCAUGGUACUCACACGGCUAGCACUGCCGCAGGAAGCUUUGUUGAUGAUGCCGAGGUUCUUGGCCAAGCGAGGGGCACAGCAUCUGGCACGGCACCUAGGGCUCACCUAGCAAUCUACAAAGUGCUAUUCAACAGGCCAGGACGACCAUCCACAGGCAACAGCAGUGAUGUUUUGAAAGGCAUAGACCAAGCUAUCCGCGAUCAUGUCGACAUCCUUUCGAUGUCCCUUGGCUCAACCAAUAUAAGUCUCUCCGAGAGCAGCAUUGCCAAAGCAUCUUUUGCAGCGAUCACAAGGGGAAUCCUUCCCUGUGCCGCCGCGGGAAAUGACGGGCCGUUCAAAAGCCUUAUAGGCAACGAUGCCCCUUGGAUUCUAACAGUCGGAGCAAGCACCACGGAUAGAAGGAUAAGGGCGAUUGUGAAGCUUGGAAAUGGGGUGGAAUUCUAUGGAGAAUCUGGCUACCAGCCUAGCCCAUCCAAUUCCACACAGCUGCCGUUGGUGUUCCCAGGUGCUCUGGGAACAAGAGAUACCAUGUUCUGCCUGAACGGCUCCUUGGAUACCUUCAACGUAAGUGGCAAGAUCGUGCUCUGUUCGAGCGGACAGAUUGAUGAAGUUGAUGAUGUUGAGAAGGGCAAGAUUGUCGAGGCGGCGGGAGGGGCCGCCAUGAUCCUCUUGAACUUUCUUCUUAUGGGAAACACCACGUCUGCCGAUCCUCAUGUCCUCCCAGUUGCUCAUGUUGGCGGCGUCGAUGCACGAGAGAUUGUAGAGUACGUCGGAACGAUGCAGAACGCCACCGCGGCCAUCACCUUCAACGGCACCCAAUUCGGCGUCCAUCCAGCACCUGCAGUAGCCUACUUCUCCUCCAGAGGUCCCAGUCUCAGGAACGGCGGCAUCAUCAAGCCAGAUGUCAUCGCACCCGGCGUCAAUAUAUUAGCCGCUUGGCCAUUUGAGGUCGGGCAAAAUCGUACGAAUACUUCCAGAACUUUCAAAUUUGCGAGUGGCACUUCCAUGGCCACACCUCAUGUCUCUGGGGUCGUGGCGCUGCUCAGGAACAAUCACCCGAAUUGGUCGGUGGCUGCGAUCAAGUCAGCAAUCAUGACAACUGCGUACACACAGGACCGCGAUGGCAAUCCCAUCACAGAUCAGUACAAUGGCACUGCCAGCGUCUUUGUCAUGGGCUCAGGACAUGUCGAUCCAGUGGCAGCUAAUGAUCCUGGUCUCAUCUAUGAUAUCCAGCCCCAUGAUUACAUUCGUUAUCUUUGUGGCAGUGGAUUCGCAGAUAGUGAAGUCACUGCUAUAGUUCAAGGCUCCGUGAAUUGUUCUCGAGUGCGUGCAAUCAGUGCAGAACAAUUGAACUAUCCUUCAAUUGGAGUAUAUCUUGGUUCGAAUUCAACUACGAAGACUAUCAAACGGACAGCCACAAACGUGGGAGAUGCCAAUACUGUCUACAGGGUCCGAUUUGAAGAGCCAGAAGGAGUAAGAGUUGAUGUUUCUCCUAAUACUCUUCAAUUUUCUCAGGUUGAUGAAAAGAAAAGCUAUAACGUCACUCUGAGCGUUAUCGGAGGCACCGCUCCAGUCGCAGGUCAAGUUUCGGAAGGGCAUCUCGCCUGGGUAUCUGGCAAGUACUAUGUGAGAACUCCCAUUGCUGUCACAUUUACCUAG